GUCCCACUCACUGGGGGCGACUCCUCCACUUCCACUGGUUCAGGAGGACGCGAUCGCGCACAACCUUCCCAUCUCUGCACCUGAUUCUCCGCGGGGAUACGAGAUGGAAUUGUGGAUAAAGUUGGCGUUCUUGUGCUGCUGCUGCCUCGGAGCCAGUGCGGAUCACGACGGAAGGUGGCCGCGGCAGAUGGCCUCAUCCAAUGGGCUGUGUCGCUACGGCGCCAGGGUGGACUGCUGCUGGGGGUGGACUCGCCGAUCGUGGGGUCACUGCCAACCUCUCUUCGCCUUAACUCACAGACUAGCCGGGAUAAAGUGCCAGCCUCAAGCUGUGUGCCAGCCGGGAUGUAAACACGGAGAUUGUGUGGGACCCAAUAAAUGCAAGUGUCACGCCGGAUUCACCGGGAAGACCUGCAAUCAAGCUCUGGACCGUUUGAUCCCACCACUGUGGGUCACUCGCUUCCCCCUAUUUCGUCCGGUGGACCUCCGACCGACGGGUGGAGUGACUGAGGACUUGAAUGAGUGCGGGCUGAAGCCGCGGCCCUGUAAACACAGGUGCAUGAACACCUACGGCAGCUACAAGUGCUACUGCCUCAACGGCUACAUGCAGCUGCCUGAUGGGACGUGUGGAAACGCCCGCACUUGUGGCAUGGCCAACUGCCAGUACGGCUGCGAGGUGCUGAAAGGAGAGGUCCGAUGUCAAUGUCCGUCGCCAGGACUACAGCUGGCCCCUGAUGGAAGAACCUGUGUGGAUGUGGAUGAGUGUGCGACGGGAAUCGCUGUGUGUCCCAGGUUCAGGAAAUGCAUCAAUACUUUUGGAAGCUACAUCUGCAAGUGUCACGAAGGCUUCGACCUGCAGUACAUCAACGGGAAGUACCAGUGCUCAGACGUGGAUGAGUGUGCUUUAGAUCAGAGUCGGUGCAGCAAGUUCGCCUCCUGCUACAACACGCCGGGCUCAUUCAAGUGCAAAUGCAGGGAGGGAUACCGGGGGACGGGCCACGAGUGCAAAGCCAUUCCGAAGGUGGUUAUCGAUCCUCCGAGACCGGGCCAGCUGCCUGCAAAUCAUCACAAUCACAUCCCCGGCACGGAGCAGACCAGAAGCCCCGCCACCGUUCGGCCGCCGGUGACUCAGAGGAGAAUCUUCCCCAUUGUUACUAAACCAACAACCACGAAAGCACCUUCGCCUCCAAACAGGAGGACGCCAGCACCCAAACUGAAGCCGCAAGUCCCAACCAGGAAGCCACAGUUGCCCACACGCAAACCCUACGUCCCUCCGAGACUAGUGACGCCGACCUGGCGAGCGCAGACACCUCCGCCUGUCACGUCGGUGGACAAUGUCAUCCAGAGAGAGGUCACCAAACAAAGAGGGGACGUGCACAUUCCUCGGAAUAAUGACCAGAACACGGUGUUUGGCUUCGAUUUUGACAUCGAGCUCGGGAACACAGCGGAUGAAGCCAAAGAUGAUCCAGACGGCGGCUUUCUGAGCUGCUCCUUUGAUAACGGCCUUUGUGGUUGGAUCAGGGACAAAGAUGGCGACCUUCACUGGGAGACAACACCAGAUCCCUCAGGUGGUCGCUACCUCACGAUCCCCGAAGUGGACAAAAAGAAGCGGACGGGUCGCGGGGCUAGACUGGUCCUUCCGCUGUCGGCUCCCUGGAACGAUGGGAAUCUGUGCCUGUCGUUCCGACACAAUUUGGACGGCCACCAUGUCGGAAUGCUGCAGGUGUUUGUGAACAAGGGGAAGCAGUUCAGUCCUGCCGUCUGGGGAAGAACGGGGGGCAGCGGCUGGAGACACACCCAGAUAACGUUAUGGGGCAAAGACCUAGAAAGUGUCAUACUAAAGGGUGAGCGUGGGCGAGGCAGAAGCGGCGAGAUGGCGGUGGACGACCUGACCCUGAGGAAGGGCUCCUGUACAGACGAGCACAGUCUGAGAAAACUCUGACUCUGACUGCUGAGAAGGAAGCAAACAGCAUCUCAAAGACACUCAGUUGUGACUCUUUUUGCCUCGCCUAUUUUGCUCAUCACACGAACAUCCAUCCACAUUAAAAAAAAAUAAUAAUGUAAACAGUCUGGACACACCACUGGAAACAACGCUCGAAUAUAUUCCAUGUUUGUUGGGUGUCAGUAAGUGUAGCGUGCAGCUUCUGACAACAGAUUUAUCCAUGUGAAAUUCUCUCAACCUACACUUAUAUCAUCAUAUAGUUAAAGCCCUCAGAACUGAACAUUUUCAAGCGUCUCUCCUUGAGACGUCUGGGCACUAACCAAAGUUAUAAGACGAAGACUUCAUCUCUCCAAAAAUAGCCAAAAGGCUCUGGUGAAGGAGUUUGAUUUACAGUCCCGCUCAGCAUAUUCAUCAUAUCAGAGAGCAAAUGUGCACGGUGAGUGGGCGCAUGCCAGACCAGCGCAACAGAGAGACACUAGAGCAGGUUAGUAGUUGCAGGUUGGCGGUGCCAGCAGGGACGACUAGGAGCUGAGCACAUAGUUGGAUCAGGAAGCCCACAUCUCAGCACCUCCCUCCAGUCAAGUCUAUUUUGUCCUGUUUAAAGGCACAUUUUAGUGUUGUAGUGUCACAACAAAAAUAUACCGACUGUUACACACUUGUUUUUUUUUUUUUUCCAUCAUCCUCACAUGAUGUGCUACGUAAUAUUUAGUGCUGUUGGAAGUACAAACACUUUUUUAAAGCUUUUUGCUAAUUGUAUUGUUGUAAAUGUGGUUGUCUGUACAUAUUCCAAAAACAAUUUAAAUAUCUUUUGUUGCGUGUUUCUGUGUGUUAAAUCAUUUACAGAUUUUCUUUUCUAAGUAUUUACCUUUCAAUCCCGAUGAACGGAUUGAAAUCCUGCAAGUGGAUAAAAUAAGGCUUCUGUAUAGUGUGUUUUGUGUGUGUGUCUUUUGAUAUGAACACGGGCGCGGAGAUUCGAGUGGUAUUUUGUAAUAAUGACGGCUGAAACCCAAGCAUCUGUUCAGACGAACCAGGGCAAGAUGUCAAUAAAAACAUU